AUGGCCGAUCCGGGCCAAGCCGGGGCAACCCACUCACGGUCCUCCGCACAACGGGUCCGCCUCACCUGUGAAGCAUGUCGCCAGCGCAAAGUGAAAUGCGACAAGUUAAGUCCUUGUACAAGCUGCGAGCGACUUGGCCUCGUUUGUGUUCCUGUGGAACGCGCGCGUCUGCCGCGCGGUCGCGCGCGAAAACCCGAGCGGAUUGUAGGCUCGGAUAAGGAACUAUCUGAGCGGGUAGCGAGACUCGAGAAACUCCUGAAAAGAGUCGCCAAUGACCGAGGGGAUGAAUUGCAAGUUUCCUCGACUGUCCCUGCGUCCUCACAUUCAUACACACAGCAGGGGUCGGCGGCAGAGGCCAGCACGGCCGGUCCGAAUGUUCGGCAGGAUCAGAAUGACUACUUGCCCGGUGCAACCCAGCCACAUCUUCCUCGCCCUUCAACUGCGUAUGUGGGGAGUCCAUUCUGGGAGGAUAUUAUGCAGCAGACCCAAGAAUUGCGCAGUGUCCUUCAAGGUCGUAUCGAAAAUGAAGACCAUGGUGCCAAAGAUUUAGUGUCUGGUUUUGGCACAUCGCUUGUGCGCUCAGAAAGCCCUGAAAGCUCGUCCAACUCACCCCAGGUCAACAGACCAUUGAGUCUUCAACCCCAAGUCCGGCACAGGUUAUGUGACAUUUUCUUCCGUAAUGUCGAUCCUCUCUUCAAAAUCUUGCAUCGACCGUCGCUACAAGCAUUUAUUAAGGAGGGCAAGCCGUAUCUUGACUAUGAGCAGGAUCACCAGGCGCCAGCCACCCUUGCUUCGGCUAUUUAUCUUUGCGCUAUGUGUACUCUUGAGGAGGUGGAGUGUCAGUCAAUGUUCGGCAUGAGCAAAAGGAUAAUCGUCGCAGAAUUUCAGAAAGAAACCGAAUAUGCGCUCGCAAAGGCAGACUUUGUCACGACGAAUGAUCUCACUGUUCUGCAAGCAUAUAUUAUCUCUCUGCUCGCCGCGCGAUCUCAAGACCAAAGCCGAAGGGUCUGGACCAUGUUGAGCAUGGCACUCCGAGUGGGCCAGGCAUUGUCCCUCCACAUGCCUCAGCCGCCAUUCACCGUGCGACCUUUCGAACACGAGAUGCGCAAGCGAACAUGGCUAGGAAUCGGCGUUCUCGAUGUAGCAGCUUGUCUAGACAGGGCAUCUGAGCCGAUGAUGCAAUCCGCAUGGCUCGAUUACAACCAGCCAUCGAAUAUCAACGACGAGGACAUAUGGUUCGACAUGCCAGGGCCAAUCCCCGAGCACACAGAAGGCACGUUUACCGACAUGACGCACACCUUGGUUAUCGCAGCGGCAGUGUCCGUGACCCGUACCAUUGCAUUUUCGGACAUGACCGAGCCAGCCGUGACUAUCAUGAGUCUGCGGCAGCAAGUCGUCCACGAUUUCCAACAAAAGACGUCAGACCUUCUGAGCGGGUGCAGGCCCGACCUUUCGGACUUCCAGUGGUACGCGCAAAAGACCGCGGUUGUUAUGGGCAGCUGGCUGCAGCUAGCCUCUCUCCGGCCGCUGCAACGAAGCUAUAACUUCAUACCCCCGAAAGUUCAAGGGAAUGCCCUCCUCAAAAUCGCAGGGGACAACCUGCAAUUGUCGCAGGAGGUAUACAACUACCCAGGCGCCAGGUCUUGGCAGUGGUACGGCUCGAUGUGGGUUCAUUGGCACGCGUUGGCUGUGGCCCUUGCCGAACUCUGCGUCUGCAAAGAUCCUGUGGUGAUGUCAAAGUACUGGACCGUCGUUGACGACGUCUACCAGCGCUCGCGGCUCGUAAUUGCGGAUUCUGAGAAAGGGAUGCUCUGGAAGCCUUUGGAGAGACUGAUGUCACAGGCAAAAACGCUGAGGAAAGAGCUCCUCGGUGUUGAUGCUUCUCGCCAAGCAGUGUCUCAAUACCCUUUCGACGGCAUGUCUUCCGAGCUUUUCUCGAAACAACCUGAACAUCAACACGAUCUCGCGGACUUCUCGCUCGAUUUGAGAGAGGCCGUUGACGAACCGCGAGAUUCGCACGUCUCGGAAGUGCCGACUUCCUUUGCGCCGGUGCCCUGGCCUAAUGUAUGGGAUGCGAUGGAUCUUAGUGAGCCGUCCUUGCAGAGUGGCUCCGAUGACACGGCUUGGUUGAGCUAUGAGAACUUUAUUGAAAAUGUUUACGACAGCGUUGAUUCUAUAUUCUUACCACGGUGA